AUGACCAAUCUAUCCAUUGCGAGUAAUCGCUCUUCAAUCCUCUCUGAUUUAAAUGUUUCGGGAAUUUCUGAUCAUGGAUUUGCUAUGGAAGAGAAGAGGAAUCCAUUAAAGAGACCUCAAUCAGCUCUCUCCACGACUGGAAGGGCAAAAAGAGCCCUGGAAGAUAUGGAACAAGAUGAAAUUCUAUCGAUUAAAUCGAUCCGUAGCCCAACUAGACCCACCUCUGCUGUUCCGAAAGUUGCAUCCUCACGCCUACUCGCAGAAAACUCCAAAGAUUCCAUUCAUAUAACCAACAGAAUUGACACAGAUUUAUUGAGCGAACCAGUUAGUUCGAGGUCCUCUCGAAGAAGUGUUCAUUCUUCCAUGUCGGUUCGUCAUGAGGACGAGAAGGAACCAAAACAACAAUCAUACUUUUAUACAAUAGCUAAAAAAGCACCAAUUGUUGAGCGACCUGGAUCCUCUCCCUUAUUCAAACGAGGAAGAGGGGAUGUUCGUUCAAAAACUUCGUCCGAAUUGUAUGAUGAAAACUUUGACAAGAUGGUAAAAAAAGACGAGUCAAAUCAAGCAAUAAGCAACCAAUGGCACCAAAUGCUUUCAGAAAACAAGCAACCACUGAUACAUACGGUUCUUCAUAACUAUGAAGGUUCUAGGCCCUCAUCAUCUGCCAGCAACAGAGGUGAAAAACAAAAAACAGAUUUUAUUAAGAAAAACAUGGAAGCGAUCCAUGAGAUUGCAUCCGCUAAGAGUCCAAAAAACAAUGUGACAUCAAGACCUCGUUCUUUCAUUCUGGACAGUUCGAUUGGACAUGACACUUCCUAUUACGACAACCCAUCCAUUCCUUUUGAACAUGAAGAACUUCGAAAAUCACACUCAACUUUGCUCCGAAAAUUUUCUAGGCGUCAAGGAGUACCAAGGUCGGUUAAUUCAAGAACUGUUUUCAAUCCAAACAACUCUUAUUCGAAAAAUAGCGAAAUGUCCUUCAAGAAUCGACCUCAGUCAGCAAUGUCUCAAAUUCGGUACUCCACCACUCCACGGCAUGUGGAUGUGGUGACAGAAGCUACGGGUGUAAUCCGACCAAAAUCAGCUUUAAACACCAAAUAUACCAAAAAGCAAAAGGAAACACUAUCUGCAAGACCUACUACUGAAGAACCUUUCAAGAAAGCAGCUUUUCUUAACGUCCAAGGAUUCAGCAUCAACUCAACAAAAAUAGUUCAUGAAGGGCAUUAUGAAGACAAUAGAAAACUUCAACGAGGAGCCCCACGGCCAUCACCACCUGAUCAUUGUGUGGUUUUGGCAAAACAUAAUUCUAGGUUUUCCAUUGAGAAUUAA